UAUUUGUGUGCAAACUUAUAUUGUUAUUGUUGUUGUUAGCUCCUUAAUCAAACAAUUAUUUUUGAAAAAAAAAAACCUUUGCCGAUACUAUAAUCACAUGUAAUUAAAAUGACAACAUUUGAUCAAAACAAAGAGCACAUCUAGAUCAAUAUAUUUUGUUAUUAAAAUUUCUAAGAAAGUGCUUUAAAAUUGUUUAAAUUUCAAGAAGGAUAUUAAUGUAUAAAACUACAGAGCACCGAUGCCUAAACUGCAGCAAUGAUGAUGCGGCUUCGGCCAUGGUGCAUUGGUCCCCCAUCAUAAUGCGAUUGUUUUAUCAAAACUUGAGCCUGAAAGGUUAGUUCAUUAACAUUUUACACACGGCUAAAUGGUUAAUGGAGGAAUAACACUGUCACUUUUGACCUGUGAGUGGGCGAGCAAGCUCAUCCACCCCACAUAUACACCACAAAUCAAUUCAUUUCUCUAACAUGUUUCUUUCAGAUUGAUUUUUUAAAAUUUUAGUAUUUUUUAUAAGUUUUUUUAAAAGGUUAUUAUGGAUAAUGAAAUUGAUAAAUAAACAAGGUAAUUUCAUUUGAGUAGUACUAGGAAAAAAUAUUCAAAACCGAAAAGUGACCGAGACAUGAACGGACACGUGCCUAUUUCCUUGAUCCGCAAAACCCUCACUCAAAUCCAUAACCUUGUCCCAUUUCUUUCCCAACUUUAGCCCCUCUCUCUCUUAGUCUCUCCCACACACCCCUGUGUUGUGUAUCCUAUCAUCACCCUCUACCCUCUGAAAAUUCUCUUCAUUCCUUCUUCGCUUGUGCCGCCAUUAGGUUUUUAGCUCUUAGCUCUUAUCCCACCACACCAUAGCCUCAAAGUUGCUUAAUUAAGAGAUAACAAACCCAAACAACAACAUCAUGACAUCUCUGGUAAGACCUAUCCUUCACUCUCACCCAUCUUCUCGUGCCAAGAAAUGUUUCAUUCGUUCACGCUGAUCCACGCCUCUUCUCAAAUCUCUCUCUACGACACCCCAACCUUCUUCCUUAAGUACCUAUAAACUUUACAUCUUCAAUCCCUGCCUUCUUUUUUUCUUCCAUCUUUCGCUGUAUUUUUCUUUCUAUUAAAAAUUUGUCCUUUUUUUAAAACAAAGCCUACCCAUCAAAAUUCAGAGUGAAAACAAGUUGGUAAGUGGACCCUCCAACGUGAUUGUGAUCUGUGAAGAAGGGAAAAGAAAGGCGUGUCGUGUAGUGAGGCUAGGUGUUUGUAGUUGAUUCCUUUUUUUUUCUUUAUUUGGUUUUUGUUUCCUCCAAAGUGGCGAAGAUGAGUUUGAGUGCAGCCGAGGAUGAUUCGGCUUCAGAAAUUCACCUACCAGCAGAGAUUGAUUGGCACAUGCUCGAUAAGUCCAAGUUUUUCUUCCUAGGCGCCGCCUUAUUUUCCGGUGUUUCAGCUGCUCUUUAUCCUAUGGUCGUGUUGAAAACCCGACAACAAGUUUCUUCGGCACAAUUCUCCUGCCUCAACAUGUCUAGUGCCAUUUUGCGCUACGAAGGCUUCAGAGGCUUCUAUAAAGGUUUUGGUACUUCUUUGAUGGGAACCAUCCCUGCUCGUGCACUUUACAUGGCUUCCCUUGAAGUCACAAAAAGCAACGUUGGCACUGCUUUUCUUGGACUAGGGUUUUCAGAUACCUCGGCUAUUGCAGUGGCUAAUGCUGCUGCUGGUGUUACUUCUGCUAUGGCUGCACAGUUAGUUUGGACCCCAAUUGAUGUUGUAAGUCAGAGACUUAUGGUUCAAGGUAGUGGUGGAAGCAAAAGUAUUCUUGCUAAUCUUAAUUCUGAGAAUUACAGAAAUGGCCUCGAUGCGUUUAGGAAGAUUCUGUGUGCUGAUGGACCAAGAGGGUUUUAUAGGGGAUUUGGGAUUUCUAUAUUGACUUAUGCACCAUCCAAUGCGGUAUGGUGGACUUCAUACUCUAUGGUCCAUAGGCUCAUAUGGGGUGCUUUUGGUUGCUAUAUGGGUAAGAGGGAUGAGAAUAAUAGUAGUAGUUUGGGUAAUGGGUGUGGUGUUUUUAGGCCUGAUUCCAAGGCGAUGGUGGCAGUGCAAGGUUUGAGUGCGGUUAUGGCAAGUGGGGUCUCAGCAAUUGUGACAAUGCCUCUUGACACGAUCAAGACAAGGUUGCAGGUGUUGGAUACAGAAGAGAAUGGGCGAAGGAGGCCUUUAACUUUUGUGCAAACUGUUAGGAAUUUGGUAAAGGAAGGUGGCUUGCUUGCUUGUUACAGAGGAUUGGGUCCAAGAUGGGCUUCAAUGUCAAUGUCUGCAACAACUAUGAUUACUACUUAUGAGUUUUUGAAACGUUUGUCUACCAAGAGUCAAGACAAGUUGACCACAUGAUACGCCAAGCUUAUUACAAGAUUGUGUAGGAAUUAGGAUCCUUUCUUUCAUUACUUGGAUUUUUCUUC